GUAACAAGCUCCACCUUCUCUUUCAUUCAAUCGCUUUCCUUCAAUAGUUAGAAUGACAUUUAGUGGAUACGUUGAUAUUAGUACACUGAUAUACUUUACGUCUAGUCUGUCCAUUUAUAUGUAAUAGUGUUAACAAAUAUUUAAAGCACAAAUGUAUUGUCUUUUUCAAUCAUGUUCAUAUAUACUUCAUACAAUGUGCAGUAAAAAGAGGAAACCUAAAUCAAAUCAAUCAUGUGUCUUUAAAACAGAACCAGUUCUCAUCGGGUUACAGGGUUUCCUUUCACGUUUUCAGUUUUAUAAAUAUACUUGGCAGGUGUAGGUUGUUUUCCGAGCGAGCUGCAGAAGCUACCUCAGCUCUUGUGUGUAUUCAGUGUGUCUCUGAGGCUUCUGUCUCUUCAUGUCGUCCCAGACUGACUCCACGAUGUGUCGAUCGGGGCUUGUGGGGGCCUCACCAUCUGUUUAAUGACUCCUUGUUUUUCUUGUGGCUGAAGAUGGCGAUGACUCGGGCUGCAUGUUGGGGCUCGUUGUGAGGCUGCAGGCUGAGUCGGAGUCUGGUCCGGGCCGCUGCCUGAUGCUACAUGCUGUUAGAUUUUGUCAUUUGCAGCCGUGCGCACACAAAUUGUUGAAUUCUUUCUUUAAAAAUAUCAAUGAUUAUUGUUCUGACAAAGCUGGCAGGAUUGCAAACCUGGUGCAAUCCUCUUCGGAGGUACUGUGCCUAAUUAGGCUCGUGAAAUGUACCUCCCUAUAGGAAUUAAAAAGUGAAUAUAAAAUACUGCUAAAAAAUGUAAAAGAUAGGAAUGUCCUCUCUAUAGAGAUCUUGUUUUCACCAUCUGUGGCUGCUGGAAACUGAAGUGUAACCCACUCACAUACCAACACUCAGUGGUCGUAUGAGCUCAAUAAUUCAGAGGCCUGGGAAUAACACUAAUUAGCAGUCUCCUUGAACGUCAUAUAUAGUAACUAGAUAAGGACGAUAAAGUACAGCAGUCGAUUGACCGUUAAGUUUUCCAGACAUUGCAUGAAUGUUGCCAUCAGCUGAAUAGAAAUCGAAGAGGCAUUAAAAUGAAGCGGAUCUUCCUUAAUGUAAACACGGUUCUAUACAAUAUUCACUGCAAGUUCCUUUUGACACUACUGGAGUGUGAUGACUCAAGCUCCUGUGGGAUCUCAAGAGAAGAUCAUUAAUUUAUCACAAGAAUCCUGGGUAGUCGUUUGGAUACGGUGCAAACCACAAAUCAGUUUGUAUAAGAGUUUCAGCUUCUGUCACGUUUUCUACCCUGUCUGCUACAUAACAACAUGAAAGCCUUUAGAAACAGUGCAGUUUACUCUAUUAAAUUCUUACAAUAAUAGGAAAUGAGAGUCUUAAGGAAAAUAAAGUUGAGGACACGUCAUUUUUCUAAGGGGCAGAUGUGAUUGAAGGAGAGAGGGAUGUCGAUUAUGACAUGAUAAUAAUCUGAAUAUUUGUUGUUGUAGCGUUUGUUUGCGGCAGCAGUCGACCUUUUGGUUUUUUCUUCAUAUAGCAAAAAAUGAUGUAUGUGCAACUGGAAAACCAAGAUCAAUAACCGACUGCAAAAUCAAAUCAGGUGUUGGAAAUAUGACUGUGGUCUCCUGACGUGUCGAAGGUCCCGCUCGCGCUGAGACGGAAAAGUAUUAAGUUCAUUUCACCAGUUUCUCUGUCAUCGUUCAUUUCGGUGCUGCACUGCUUCAGUUUCAUAAAAACAAACCAGACAAGCUUGUUGUUUUUUUCCUUUACUGGAUUCCUCCACAGAUUUGUUCUUGGCAGGAGAUUUUUUCGACAAUGAACUGAUUUGUACUGUUUUCUGAGAUGUCUUCUUUGGCACAGCAAUUAAUCCAAACCCCAAACUCUAGCUGUUAAUGGCAAUUAGCACCAGAUAUUCAAAAGAUUUAGAAUAUUAUAAGGCUAUAAAAGCUAGAAGUUGUUUCACUGCCAUAAAUGAUAUCAGCAUUUGCCAAUUCUUUUUUUUUUCUUCUUUUGAUUUAUACGAGGGGCCUUUUUUCUCUUUGAGGGAUUUCUUUUUCCAUUUGCUGUUAUAAGCUGCUGUGUCUUGGAAGUGAAACAGUAAUUCAGUGGCUUCGAUUUGUGCAGUUUUGCAAACGGGUUUGUGGGACAUGCACGUCUGCAUCCGGCCAACUGGAGAGGGAAGCUGUGAGCUCCUCAUUUGGACGUAUAUCUCCGUCUGCAGAACGUCUUGGCUUGUCAUUAUUCUCUGGACGACUGAGCUGCAUGAAAAAGGGAAAUAACACGAACAUAUUCAAGUUUCAAAAUAGGUCUCCUCUCGUCAUGUACGAGUUCAGCAAAACGAAUGACUGCUGUGAUGGGCUGUGUGUAGUUUGACUUAGAUGCUCUUAUUUAAUUCAUGUAGAGGAGACAAAUAUUUCAAACGUAUCACUUCAUGUACAAAUUCUACUGCAUUAAUCGAUAGCUACUUUAAGUUUUAACCUUCUAAUGGACGUGCACUGUUUGUCUGAUGUGCAAGGGUGUCAUACAGUACACGUGUUCUUGUAAAUACACUGUAUGUACUCGCAUGUCGGCACAGAGGCUCGAGGGGAAGAAAGAAAAACUAAAGAAAGAAAAUAACAUAUUAGACUAACAUGUCCCUCAGGAUGGUCCCUUUUCCGUGUACGUCUGUCAAAUCCCCGUCAAGGUGCAACACAACGCGCCCGACUAGUCGUGUCGUCCCUGACAAGCAUCAUGACGACUGUCAAGACGAGAAGAGAAUGUUGCACUUUCUAAAAGAAAUGGACAAAUGAUCAGUGUUGUUGUUUGUUGCUCGAGUAAAAACACAACCCAGUGUCCCUCUUUAGCGUGCUCAGGCUGCCAGUGAGGAAAAAAAACAAAUGUUGAGCAUCAUAACAGCUGGAAAGGAGGACAAGGGACAGUCUGUGUGUCCCACCAGCAGCUUUCACAAAUCCACGUUCAGACGGAGACAAAGUGGUGCAGGUCUCAGGACAUGAAAAGUGGAUAAAAGGAACUGGGCAUAUUUGUCCAGCUGUUUAAUGUGGCACCAGCUGAUGUGUCUGACAAACAGAAAUCACUCACCUGCCGAACAAUGGCGAGCUCCAAGCUACAGUACAACAACCUCCAUCUGCUCAAGUCCUUUCGUCCUCAGGAUUAUUUCCACUGAGAGGGAAACACAGCGCUGAUAUUUGUAUUCUGUCUGCUGUGGGUAGAUUGUUGUCUGAAGUGACUCUUCCACAGACUUGUUUCUACUCAAAACCGACAUAUCCAAACUUGGGAAACCAGCUGUGAGUAGCGUCAUCAUCGCUGCCAUCUGACAUCAGACGCCUCCCCAAAGAGAGCCAUCAUCGUUGAGAUGAGCUUUUAACUUACAGCACUCAUCUCUCCAAUGAACCCGCCACAAAUGAGGAUGAUUCCAUUCCCGCGGAGAGGUUAUCCGAACAGUCGCUCUCGGUAAUGAAUUCAUUUUCAAUUUCUUUUCUCGGAGGUAAACAAGCCGCACUUACUCCCUGAAAGUUGGGUUUUCAUUUUCCCAGCAGUUCGCCGUGUGUGAAGGUCUGACACCGCUGCCGGCUGUAGUCACACUGAGCGAGAAGCACACACAUCCUGUUAAGAUUCAUCCCCGGGAACCUGCAGUGCAGCACAGAACGGAUUCGCAAUCACCUCUCCACCUCUGAUAUUAUAGCCUCCACACACCGCUAUUACUGCGGGAGGAUGAAAAAAGGCCGUCAUUAUAUCCAGGCUCUGCGGGUAAUACAGAGCUAAUGCACUAAGUCAAUGGUACCUUGUGAACGCGAGGAGUUUGUUUUGGCUCUGGCCUGUGUGCUGAGACGAGUCCGACCUGCGAGGGGCAUCUUGCUCCCUCGCUGUUAUCUUUUCAUCUUCCGCCUCGUGAUGGGACUGGCAGAAACGCAUUCUGUAGAUUCUUAGCUGAAAAACCACUGAAAGGAAAAAUGUGAAAAGGUUUUUACGCUGCUAAGGGCUUUGAAACAAUUUCGCCAAUUAUGGGCUUUGGAGAUGUCAAUGACCCGACCUGACUUGACUUUGCAUAACAUAAAUUUUUUUGCUGUGAGCAGAUACUGCGGAGGAGUCGGGGACGGGGUCUAUUCUCACCCACCUCCGCCUGCAACCGCUGGAGAUCUUCCAUCUUCUUUUCAACAGUACACCGUCCGUCCAGCACACGCUUCUCCAUGAACUCGGGCUCUCGCGGUCCUCGCUUGUUUCCUGUUCCUCCGGGCUCCUCGGGUUGUCAAGUUGUCGAGCGGAGGAAUCACCUUUUUUCGGGGACUCUUGGGAGACGUGGAGGCAGUGUCUCUGUGCUCGGAUGUAGACUGACUCAUCUUUUCAAAAACGUGAUAUGACAACUGGAGCGAACUUUCCAGAGGACUCUCGCUGAAUAAUGCACGCUUCCAUUUGUAUCAUUUUCGCUGUUGUUCAAGUGCAGCGGGAGCGCAUCAGGCUCAUGUACAUCCAAAAUGUCAUCCAGUUCCAGAGCAUGGUGUUUUCCACAUCCUGUUACGACCGCUGAUGACUUAGUGAUAAAAGCUUUGUGGCUGUGAGAAAAGAAGAGGGGGGGAAAAAGAUCCAUUUUGGCUACAUUUGGAUUUUCUGUGGAAUCUUUAUUUCAAGACGUCAACUUGUAGGUGGAAAAAACAACUACAUAAUAUCUCCACUGAAGAACAAUGAUGUCACUCUGUGAGAACAAACAAUACCCUUCAACACCAUCCUUUUAUUUGGGGUGAUGCAUCAAGGGAAGUAAUUACAGUCCCUACUGACGAAUGGAUGACUAACGCUGACAGCAGUAUACCUCAGUCUAUAAAACCCUGAAAUCCAGCUGCAGGGUUCUAACAUUUAUAGCAGCCACAACAACAAAGAUCAGUCCUUUCAACCUGCAGCCGGCUCUGUAGCUAUUGCAGAUUGAUUUCAUGCUGGGUUGAGUUUGCAUCUGAAGGUAAGCCGGCAUAAUUCACUGUAUCAAUGCUGUUAAUGUAUUUCCUGUCGCCUUUUGAUCAGUAAAUUAACCAAAUCCUUCCCAUCGUCUAAAUGCUUUGUUGUGAAUUCUCAGAGCCGCGGUGCCGAGUUAAUUAUUCUCACUCUCCUUUUCAAUCCAGUGCCGGGAAAACAAACAUUUCAGGUUCCUUUCUGAGGAAGUGGUCAACGAUGUGGGCCGUGGUUCUUGCUCUUUGCUUGGGGAAUGUCCUCAUCGGGGGAGAGGCCAGCGAUCAGCACUCAGAGCGGGUACCUGGCACUGAGCUCAUGGAAACGGCCUCCCCGGGUACUUUAAUACGAGAAAAGCAGAAACCCAACGGCUCGAUCCAGUCGGCGGACGCAGCGGGACCAAAACCACCGCACCCUCCCAUGUGCCUGGAGUCAGCGGGGAUCAGGGACACCUUCAAACAUAUCAACACUGUGGUUUCACUGCUGGUGUUUGUUGUUGGAAUCGUCGGGAACGUAACCUUGCUGAGAAUCAUAUACGUGAACAAAAGCAUGAGGAGUGGACCCAACAUACUCAUCGGGAGUCUGGCUCUGGGCGAUCUGAUCCACAUCGUGAUAGACAUCCCAAUAAACGCUUACAGGCUCAUGGCGGAGGAUUGGCCUUUUGGUUUAGUGCUGUGCAAACUCGUCCCCUUCAUACAGAAAACCUCUGUUGGAAUCACGGUGUUGAGCCUGUGCGCUCUGAGUGUUGACAGAUACCGAGCUGUGGUUUCCUGGAAUAGAAUCAAAGGCGUCGGGGUGUCGGUGUGGACGGCGAUUGAAAUAACUCUGAUAUGGGUCGUCUCCAUCCUGCUGGCUGCGCCUGAACUUGUCGGCUUUGACAUGAUAACGAUGAACUACAGAGACAGGCAACUGAGAAUAUGUCUGCUUCAGCCCAUGCAAACCACACGGUUCAUGCAGCUUUAUAAGUCAGUGAAAGACUGGUGGCUCUUUGGUUUCUACUUCUGCAUGCCACUGGUCUGGACCGCCGUCUUCUACACGCUCAUGACCAGGAAGAUGCUGCGAAGGACUCAGCAUGUGUUGAGUGACCACACCAAGCAGAGACUAGAAGUCGCAAAGACGGUCUUCUGCUUGGUGAUUGUGUUUGCUCUCUGCUGGCUGCCUCUGUACCUGAGCAGGAUCUUGAAAUUAACCAUAUACGACGAGAAAGAUCCCAACAGGUGUCAACUGCUGAGUGCCUUUCUCGUCCUGGACUACUUUGGCAUCAACAUGGCGUCGCUCAACUCGUGCAUCAACCCCAUCGCGUUGUACAUCGUCAGCAAGAGGUUCCAGACAUGUUUCAAGGAGUGUCUGUGCAGUCUGUGUCUACCUCUCCAAGCUGUUACCCAUGACGAAGUGCAGUCUGUUUCCAAGUCCAGGAUGCAGGAUCAAGCCUCGGAGCAGAGCGGCAGCAUCAAAGCUCCCAAACAGACAUGCCCGCCUCAGCCUGAGCAGGAGAACUCCUUACUGUGUUAACAAAACUCACAAAGAAGCUGUGAGUUUCUCUGCGUUUCAUUAUUAAACAAGCUGCACAAUGUGCUUUUGAAAGCAGAUACCAAAGCGCCGGCUCCUGCAAAACUUGAUGUGCCAUCCUAAUCACAUAAGAUAGCUUUUUUACCGAAUAACGUGCAGCGCUGUCUUUCUGUGCCGCUGUCGUCAGCUGAACAUCUGCUUUGGCAUGAGCAACCCGGAGUCAGACUGUUCAGACUAUUUCCCCCCUCAGGGCCUGACUCACUCCCGAACCAUUACAUCAGGUUUCUACCUAGUACCUUUCCUGUAUCAUGCAUCACAGUUCUCCGACCGUUGUUUCGGGGCACCCUGUUAACCUGGCACCCAUCACCAGGGAUCUCGUCACGGCUCCGCUUCUGCAUAUUAGUCUGAUUCUGGAUUCUGGAAAGACAGCGUGCCACAGUAAAUCAAACCAAAUGGGGAUUUGAAAAAAAAAAAUAUAUAUGGUGGUUGCGUUGGUUUUUUUCGGGGAUGUGGCGUAUUAUUAGCACAUAAACGUGUGU